CCAUCCUGUCGCGGCUCGAAAGGAAUGGAAAAUGGCGGCCUAGGCGCGGAGUUUCCUGGCGGAGCGGCGGCGGCGGCCUGGGCGCCGGGACGCGGGCGGCGGCAUGACGCGCUGGGUGCCCACCAAGCGGGAGGAGAAAUACGGCGUGGCUUUUUAUAACUAUGAUGCCAGGGGAGCGGAUGAACUUUCUUUACAAAUAGGAGAUACCGUGCACAUCCUGGAAACGUAUGAAGGGUGGUACAGAGGCUACACCUUAAGGAAAAAGUCUAAGAAGGGUAUAUUUCCUGCUUCAUAUAUUCAUCUUAAAGAAGCCAUAGUUGAAGGAAAAGGGCAACAUGAAACGGUCAUCCCAGGCGACCUCCCGCUCAUACAGGAAGUCACCACAACACUGAGAGAGUGGUCCACCAUCUGGAGGCAGCUCUAUGUGCAAGAUAACAGGGAGAUGUUUCGAAACGUUCGGCACAUGAUCUACGACCUUAUUGAGUGGCGAUCGCAGAUUCUUUCUGGAACUCUGCCGCAGGAUGAGCUCAAAGAACUGAAGAAGAAAGUCACUGCCAAGAUUGAUUAUGGAAACAGGAUCCUUGAUUUGGACUUGGUGGUGAGAGAUGAAGAUGGGAACAUUCUGGAUCCGGAACUAACUAGCACGAUUAGUCUUUUCAGAGCUCACGAAGUAGCUUCUAAACAAGUGGAGGAGAGAUUACAAGAAGAGAAGUCUCAAAAGCAGAACAUAGACAUUAACAGACAAGCCAAGUUUGCUGCCACCCCUUCUCUGGCCUUGUUUGUUAACCUCAAAAACGUGGUGUGUAAAAUCGGAGAAGAUGCCGAAGUGCUCAUGUCUCUGUAUGACCCCGUGGAGUCCAAGUUCAUCAGUGAAAACUACCUGGUUCGCUGGUCAAGUUCAGGAUUGCCUAAAGAUAUAGACAGAUUACAUAACUUGAGAGCUGUUUUCACUGAUCUCGGAAGCAAAGACCUGAAAAGGGAGAAAAUCAGUUUUGUGUGUCAGAUUGUUCGAGUGGGUCGCAUGGAACUGAGAGACAAUAACACAAGGAAGCUGACCUCCGGCUUGCGGCGGCCUUUCGGGGUGGCCGUGAUGGAUGUAACAGAUAUAAUAAAUGGAAAAGUAGAUGAUGAAGACAAACAGCAUUUCAUUCCCUUUCAGCCGCUCGCGUUGGACGACGCCAUUCGACACAAGCCGCUGAACAUGUCAUCCCGUUUUUCACCCAGGGUGGCGGGGGAGAAUGACUUCCUUCAGACUGUUAUAAACAAAGUCAUUGCUGCCAAAGAAGUCAACCACAAGGGCCAGGGUUUGUGGGUAACAUUGAAAUUACUUCCUGGAGAUAUCCAUCAGAUAAGAAAAGAAUUUCCUCAUUUGGUGGACAGGACCACAGCAGUGGCUCGGAAAACGGGGUUUCCGGAGAUAAUCAUGCCUGGUGAUGUCCGAAACGAUAUCUACGUAACAUUAGUUCAAGGAGAUUUUGAUAAAGGAAGCAAAACGACGGCAAAGAAUGUUGAGGUUACAGUGUCUGUUUACGAUGAAGAUGGAAAACGACUGGAGCAUGUGAUUUUCCCGGGCGCUGGUGAUGAAGCUAUUUCAGAAUACAAGUCCGUGAUUUAUUACCAAGUGAAACAGCCGCGCUGGUUUGAGACGGUUAAGGUGGCCAUCCCCAUUGAGGACGUGAACCGCAGUCACCUCCGGUUUACCUUCCGACAUAGAUCGUCCCAGGACUCUAAGGAUAAAUCCGAGAAGAUAUUCGCACUCGCUUUUGUAAAGCUGAUGCGUUACGAUGGGACUACCCUAAGAGACGGGGAACAUGAUCUUAUUGUCUAUAAGGCCGAAGCGAAGAAGCUGGAAGACGCCGGCACGUACUUGAGCCUGCCGUCCACCAAAGCCGAGUUGGAAGAGAAGGGCCACUCGGCGACGGGGAAGAGCAUGCAGAGUCUUGGGAGCUGCACCAUCAGCAAAGAUUCCUUCCAGAUCUCAACUCUCGUGUGCUCCACCAAACUGACCCAGAAUGUGGACCUGCUGGGGCUGCUGAAGUGGCGAUCCAACACCAACCUGCUGCAGCAGAACCUGAGGCAGCUGAUGAAGGUGGAUGGUGGCGAAGUGGUGAAGUUCCUCCAGGACACCUUGGAUGCCCUCUUCAACAUCAUGAUGGAGAAUUCGGAGAGCGAGACCUUUGAUACAUUAGUGUUUGAUGCUCUGGUAUUUAUCAUUGGACUAAUUGCUGAUAGAAAAUUUCAGCAUUUUAAUCCUGUUUUGGAAACCUACAUUAAGAAACACUUCAGUGCAACAUUAGCCUACACGAAGCUGACGAAAGUUUUAAGGAACUACGUGGACAAUGCCGAGAGGCCAGGAAUCAGCGACCAGCUGUAUAAAGCCAUGAAAGCUUUAGAGUACAUCUUCAAGUUCAUCGUGCGCUCCCGGAUCCUGUUCAAUCAGCUGUACGAAAACAAAGGAGAGGCCGACUUCGUGGAGUCCUUGGUGCAGCUGUUCCGAUCCAUCAGCGACAUGAUGAGCGGCGUGUCAGACCAGACCGUCCGGGUGAAGGGUGCAGCGCUGAAAUACUUGCCAACCAUUGUCAACGAUGUGAAAUUGGUAUUUGAUCCCAAAGAGCUCAGCAAAAUGUUUACUGAUUUCAUCCUAAAUGUUCCCGUGGGUUUGCUGACCAUUCAGAAGCUAUAUUGCUUGAUUGAAAUAAUUCACAGUGACCUCUUCACACAGCAUGACUGCAGAGAGAUCCUGCUUCCCAUGAUGACGGAUCAGCUCAAGUACCAUCUGGAGAGACAGGAAGAUCUGGAGGCCUGCUGCCAGCUGCUCAGCAACAUCCUGGAGGUUCUGUACAGGAAGGACGUGGGACCAACUCAGAGGCAUGUCCAGAUUAUCAUGGAGAAGCUUCUCCGGACAGUGAACCGAACCGUCAUUUCCAUGGGACGGGAUUCUGAACUCAUCGGAAACUUCGUGGCCUGUAUGACAGCUAUUUUACGACAAAUGGAAGAUUAUCAUUAUGCCCAUUUGAUCAAGACUUUUGGGAAAAUGAGGACCGACGUGGUGGAUUUUCUGAUGGAAACAUUCAUCAUGUUUAAGAACCUCAUUGGGAAGAAUGUCUACCCUUUCGACUGGGUGAUCAUGAACAUGAUGCAGAAUAAAGUCUUUCUGCGAGCGAUUAAUCAGUAUGCAGAUAUGCUGAACAAAAAAUUUCUGGAUCAAGCCAACUUUGAGCUGCAGCUGUGGAACAACUAUUUUCACCUGGCUGUCGCUUUCCUCACUCAAGAGUCCUUGCAGCUGGAGAAUUUUUCAAGUGCAAAGAGAGGGAAAAUCCUUAACAAGUACGGAGAUAUGAGGAGACAGAUUGGCUUCGAAAUCAGGGACAUGUGGUACAACCUUGGUCAACACAAGAUAAAGUUCAUUCCAGAAAUGGUCGGCCCGAUAUUAGAAAUGACACUGAUUCCUGAGACAGAGCUUCGCAAAGCCACCAUCCCCAUCUUCUUUGACAUGAUGCAGUGUGAAUUCCAUUCCACCCGAAGCUUCCAGAUGUUUGAAAAUGAGAUCAUCACCAAGCUGGAUCAUGAAGUGGAAGGAGGUAGAGGCGAUGAGCAGUACAAAGUGUUAUUUGAUAAAAUUCUCUUAGAGCACUGCAGGAAGCACAAGUACCUUGCCAAGACGGGAGAAACUUUUGUAAAGCUCGUCGUGCACCUGAUGGAAAGACUUCUGGAUUACAGGACCAUCAUGCAUGAUGAGAACAAAGAAAAUCGCAUGAGCUGCACUGUCAACGUGCUGAAUUUCUACAAAGAGAUUGAAAGAGAAGAAAUGUAUAUCAGGUAUUUGUACAAGCUCUGUGACCUGCACAAGGAAUGUGAUAACUACACUGAAGCAGCCUAUACCUUGCUUCUCCAUGCGAAGCUUCUGAAGUGGUCGGAGGACGUGUGUGCGGCCCACCUCACCCAGCGGGACGGGUACCAGGCGACAACACAGGGACAGCUGAAAGAGCGGCUCUACCAGGAAAUCAUCCACUACUUCGACAAAGGCAAGAUGUGGGAAGAGGCCAUCGCCCUGGGCAAGGAACUGGCUGAACAGUAUGAAAACGAGAUAUUCGAUUAUGAACAACUUAGCGAAUUGCUGAAAAAACAGGCUCAAUUUUAUGAAAACAUCGUCAAGGUGAUAAGACCCAAGCCUGACUAUUUUGCUGUCGGUUACUACGGACAAGGAUUCCCCACGUUCCUUCGGGGGAAAGUUUUCAUUUACCGUGGGAAGGAGUAUGAACGCCGGGAAGAUUUUGAAGCUCGGCUAUUAACUCAGUUUCCAAAUGCUGAGAAAAUGAAGACAACAUCUCCACCAGGCGACGAUAUUAAAAACUCUGCUGGCCAAUAUAUUCAGUGCUUCACAGUAAAGCCCAAACUCGAUUUGCCCCCUAAGUUCCACAGGCCCGUGUCAGAGCAGAUUGUAAGUUUUUACAGAGUAAACGAGGUCCAGCGAUUUGAAUAUUCUCGUCCGAUCCGCAAGGGAGAGAAAAACCCAGACAACGAAUUUGCGAAUAUGUGGAUUGAAAGGACCAUAUACACAACUGCGUAUAAAUUGCCUGGCAUUUUAAGGUGGUUUGAGGUCAAAUCUGUUUUCAUGGUGGAGAUCAGCCCCCUGGAGAACGCCAUUGAGACCAUGCAGCUGACGAACGACAAGAUAAACAGCAUGGUGCAGCAGCACCUGGACGACCCCAGCCUCCCCGUCAGCCCCCUCUCCAUGCUCCUGAACGGCAUCGUGGACCCCGCCGUCAUGGGAGGCUUUGCAAAUUACGAAAAGGCCUUCUUUACAGAGCGGUACCUGCAGGAGCACCCCGAGGCCCACGAAAAGAUCGAGAAGCUCAAGGACCUGAUUGCAUGGCAGAUUCCAUUUUUGGCCGAAGGGAUCAGGAUUCAUGGAGACAAAGUCACAGAAGCACUACGGCCGUUUCAUGAGAGAAUGGAAGCCUGUUUCAAACAGUUAAAGGAAAAAGUGGAGAAGCAGUACGGGGUCCGGACCAUGCCCUCAAGUCUGGACGACAGAAGAGGCAGCCGUCCCCGGUCCAUGGUCCGAUCCUUCACAAUGCCUUCCUCGUCCCGGCCUCUGUCUGUGGCCUCUGUCUCGUCCCUGUCAUCAGACAGCACCCCUUCCAGGCCGGGCUCCGACGGGUUUGCUCUGGAACCCCUCCUGCCAAAGAAAAUGCACUCCCGGUCCCAGGACAAGCUAGACAAGGACGACCCAGAUAAAGAGAAGAAGGACAAGAAGAAGGAAAAAAGGAACAGCAAACAUCAAGAGAUAUUUGAUAAAGAAUUUAAACCCACCGACAUUCCCCUGCAGCAAUCUGAGGCUGUGAUCCUUUCAGAAACGAUAAGUCCCCUGCGGCCCCAGAGACCGAAGAGCCAGGUGAUCAACGUCAUGGGCAGUGAAAGGCGCUUCUCGGUGUCACCGUCCUCCCCGUCCUCCCAGCACACGCCUCCUCCGGUCACACCGAGGGCCAAGCUCAGCUUCAGCCUGCAGUCCAGUUUGGAGCUGAAUGGCAUGACUGGACUGGACGCGGCUGAGGUUCCGCCCCCUCUGCCUCUUAAAGGCACCAGCGCAGACUAUGGGGCCUUGGCCGAGAACCUGGACCUGACAGGCCUGCCGAGCCCCCCGCCCCCUCCUCCUCAGCAGAGGCAUCUCCCCCCUCCGCUGCCCAGCAAGACCCCGCCGCCGCCGCCUCCCAAGACGACGCGCAAGCAGACCUCAGUGGACUCGGGGAUCGUGCAGUGAACGCGCAGCGCCCGCCAGAGAGCCAGCUGGUAUCCUUCCUCUCCCUCCGCAUCUUCUCCCACGUCUGGCGUUUACCUCAUUGGGCCUGUGAUGUCUGAUGUUUAGUGCAAUUGCUUUUCCUUAACAGGAGUUCGUCUCCAGCCACUGAGUGAGAGGGCUUUAGCACUGGGGAGCGAGGUGGAUACGGGCCUGGGACGUGCUUUUAUGUUUAUCAAAGUCGGAGGCUUCUGAGUGUGUCCGUCUUGAGAAAGCCUAAGUCUUGCCCAGAAGUCCUUUCUUUUUGUGCCAAAUGACACAUUAGCAGAGAGGCCGGUUGACCUGAGUGGAGCGCAGUAAGAGAGCUUAGGCCUUCACUGCAGAACUGUGUAAUAACAGCUUAGGAACCCUCAUCUCUCGAGGCCAAACGCCGGCUGACUCUUGCAGGAUGUUUUCUCAGACCCUCCUGGCUGCACCUGGUGAUGUGACUUUUUGUUGGUUGAGUGUCCCUUCAACUUACAUCAGGCAACUAAGGUCAGCCCUUUCAGGGAAGUCCCUGAUUUCCUUUGGUAUACUUUAAAAUAGGAUAUUUCUCCGCUACUGAACAGUUACUAAUUUAUGGAGUGGAGACACCAUUUAAAAUACUGGGAUCAAGUGGAAAAAUAAAUGAGUAUAGGCAGAUCAAUUUUCUCUCUUUUUCGAAAAACAAUACGUAGACCACAGGAGAUGGUUUUAACUGGGUGAAUUCUUCUUGUGCUCAUUCUGUACAGAAGUUUGUAUAUAUGAGGGUCUUUAGAACUUGUUUUAAUUUUUGUGGUCCUUCUGUUUAUUGUAAUACGUGUCCGCAAAUGGUUCCCGAUAUGUGUUCUUAACGUUUAACUGAGGGAAGUGUAAAAAAAACCCAAAUUAAGUUUUCUUGGUUUUUUUCCCCAAAGCUCAAGUCCUAAAAAUCAUUGUGGAGGAUGUUUUAAAAAAAAAAAACUAACUUAGUAUAACCUAAUAUUUUUAUUCUACCAUCUAUAUUUUUUUAUUCACUAUAAUCAUGAUAUUCUUCUAGUAGGCUCGAAAGUUAAUCCAUGACAACGAAAAAUAAAAUGUCAUUUAAAACGA